GUGUCGUCGUGUUGUUUGAGAGCGUCACGAAUGUCGUGUGAGAGCUCGAUGCGGACGUCACCGUCUCCUUGCAGUGGGGUGGAACCUGGUUGGAAGGAGAGCUUGGAUAGGCGGCUGAUGAGCUGGAAGGUGAGCUUGAUCGAGUCCGACAGCUGCGACAAGGAGUCUAGCACGCUUUGGUUCGUCAUGGCUCUUCGCUCGGGUGAUGGACGAGCGAUGCGCCUGGCUAGACAUGCCACUCUUCCCCACACCCACGCCGCAGUCCUGCACGGCUGUUGCCGCCAUCCGGCCUGCCUCUCAUACCAUUCCCGCCUUGACUUUUUUGUUGCGACCAAGCACGCACCUAUACCAGCCUCUCGCCUUGUCGCUUCGACCCUACCGCCAGCAUGAUCACCCGCUUCUUGACUUCCGUCUCAACCGCCUUUUCUCCCUUCAACCCAAAGUCUGGCAAGACGGCUCGCAACUUCCUGGCCCUGCUCCCGCCGAAUGCCCGCACCACCAUGAAGAUCGAUGUCAAGCAGCUACCCAGGGCCGAUGCCAACAAGCCUGGUGUCUUGGCUCUCAAGUUCAAGGAUGGCAAGGAGAUGAAUCUUGAUCUCGAAACCUUGAAGAUCAAGGAAAUCAUGACAGAGGUCGACAGACACUCGCGUAUGCUCGGCAGAAAGGAGGAGCUGGCUGGUUGAUUUUCUUCAUCUUGGUCUGUUUUACUUUGCAUUGGGAGGAGCGAGGCGUUAUGGUCAACUACACUUGGGUCACGCUUGCUGCUUGGCCGCACAUUUCGUGCCAUUGAACAUACAUGUCGACACAAAGCAUGUGUGUAUCAUUAAUUGCAUUCGGCAUGUCAUUGUAGGGCAAUUUCACAAAUUUCGUCAAAGUUUCAAGAGACAACAUGUGCAAUUCCUUUUUCGUUGCUUGUAGAUUGUAUGUCUAGACAAUUUUAUAGCCUCGAUGCAUUUAAACGGCAGCACCGGAGAUGAAGAACCACUUGUCAAUGCUGGGGUCAAUCGGAGCAGGAGCCUUGUUGUCAGCCUCGGGGAGGUUGAGCUUGCUGGCAUCGGUGCGGUCGUUGGAGUGCGAGACGGUGGUGUUGGCA